UUGACUCCUCACAACAACAGCGCCGCCAUUUUCGAAAGAGUUGGCUCUGUGACCGGUUGUAUGUAGAGAUGAAUCAAAUCGAAGAACGCCUCGCGGAAGCAGUACGAAAAUAUGAACACCUAUAUGACACCUCGUUGAAAGGCCAUAAUGACGCCAAAAUGACAAAUAAUUCCUGGGCAGAAAUAGCAACGAAUGUAGGCUUGUCUGUCCCUGACUGCAUUAAAAAAUGGAGGUCGCUGAGGGACAAAUUCGUUCGUAUUCGACGAAAGAUGACCAGCAGCAGUGGGGAUGCAGGCGGUCAUAAAAAGGUCCCCGCGCUCAACACUUCUCUCUCCUGGCUGGGACCCCACAUAAAGCAUCGGGAGACGUCAUCAAACUACGAUGUGAAGGAACUUACCUCAGAAGGAAGAGACAAUGGAGGCCCAUUGGAGCUAUUGUCGCCCAGUGUAUCGCCAAUUGAUGACCGCCAGUCAUCCAACUCAUCUUCCCCCCUGGAAUCCAGAUCAUCCUCCCCUGCACCAUUAAAUUCAUCUACAUCAGUAACGUCCACUCAGCUAACCACUCUCCCACCUGCAUCCACUCCUCCAGUCUCCAUGUCACCUCAGCUGCCCACCUUCCUAUCUCCAGUCUCCAAGACAGAGCCAUCUGCUCUGUCCCGCACGGGACGGAAAAGGCAAAGGGAGCAGCAGGAGGACGACAAUUUUACUCAGAAAUUGGACCAGUUGGAAGAGAGCAUGCUGCUGAUGCACAGGAGGCUGGAGAGGCCUGAGGAUGAAAUCUCGCGAUUCGGACAGACGAUUUGUGAUAUGCUGAGGAAAGUGCCUGAAGACGACCAGGGCGACGCAAUGCAAGCAGUAUACAAUCUGCUGUAUGGAUUCCGCAAGCGUCCUUGUUGUAUUUUGAAAAUGAAUCAAAUCGAAGAACGCAUCGCGGAAGAAGUCCGAAAUUAUGAACACCUAUAUGACACCUCGUUGAGGGGCUAUAAGGACGCCCAAAAGGCAAAUAAUUCCUGGAAGGAAAUAGCAGAGAAUGUAGGCUUGUCUGUCCCUGAAUGCAUUAAAAGAUGGAGGUCGCUGAGGGACAAAUUCGUUCGUAUUCAACGAAAGAUGACCAGCAGCAGUGGGGAUGCAGGCGGUCAACAUAAGGUCCCGGCGCUCUCUUUUCUCUCCUGGCUGGGACCCCACAUAAAGCAUCGGGAGACGUCAUCAAACUACGAUGUGAAGGAUCAUACCUCACAGGGGAGAGAUAAUGGAGGCCCAUUGGAGCUAUUGGCUCCCAUUGAUGACUGCCAGUCAUCCCCCUCAUCUUCCCCCCUGGAAUCCAGAUCAUCCUCCCCGGCACCAUCAAAUUCAUCUAUGUCCACUCAGCUUUCCACCUUCCCAUCUCCAAGACAGCGCCACCUCCUCAGUCCUGCACGGGACGGAAAUGGCAAAGGGAGCAGCAGGACGACGGAAAUUUUACUCAAGAAAUUGGACAAGCUGGAAAAGAGCAGGUUGCUGAUUCAAAGGAGGCUGGAAAGGCCUGAGCAUGAUAUCAAGAUUCAGACAGACGUUGUGUGACAUGCUGAGGAAAGUGACAGGAGAUGAUGCGAUGCACGCAGUGUAUAAUGUGCUGUAUGGACUCCGCAAGCGUCCAUACAGCAGCUAACCAAACGCUAAAGAGAAUGUGGCAAAUUGCACUUUUAAAGUUUGUUUUUAGCCAUUAAUAUUUAUAUUAGUUAAAUCAUUUCAUUUUUUUAACAGACAUGUCUAUUUGUUUUAUAAAGUACCAAUAAAACACCAAAAUAAGA